ACAAACGCUCCUCCUCUCAACAGGUACUACUAUCUCUGCUUGCAACAUGAAACUGGAUUUUACACCGAUUGCUCAACUAGAGUCCGUGACUGAGAACGAAAUUUGGAAAAUUAAAGCACGAGUUGCCCGUUUUUGGCGAUUCCACAAUAACGAUAAGCCUGGAGAUUUUGGUGGACUCGAUUUACUCCUUGUGGAUGAUAAGGGAGACCGUAUACAAGCAUGCAUCAGAGGAAAAUCAAUUCAAAAGUUCGAAAAAGAUCUCCAAGAAGGAGAAUGUUGUAUACUGAUGAAUUUUAAGUUGUCUCCUAAUCUUGGGAGUUACAGGGCAACUGGACAUUCUUUCAAAAUCUUUUUCACUUCGUCAACAAUUGUGAAGCCUUGUGAGGAAAUCCCAAACCACUCACUUCGUUUCAGUUUCAUCCCUUUUGAUAAGCUCCAGAGACAUGACGAAAACGUGUUCCUUGAUGUAAUUGGUGAAAUCGUUGGAAUGAAAGAUCUUAAGGAAAUUACUGUUCGCAAUGCUCCAUGUAAACUGCUGAAUCUUCAACUCAAGAGCCUUGAUGAUUCAAUAAUUGAUUGUGUAUUUUGGGAAAAAUUUGCUGAAGACAUACAUUCCUAUGUUCAAUCCUUUUCUGGUGGACCUAUUGUUAUGCUUUGUAGUCUCAUGAGGAUUAAUGUUUAUAAUGGAAAAAUCACAAUCCAAAGUGCAAAAUCGUCAACAAAGCUCUUCAUUAAUUCUGACAUUGCUGAGAUAAACGAAUUCAAAGAAAGGAUGCCUAAAGAUGUCGUCUCUGCCACAUCCAGUGGUUGCUCCAUUUUGACUUUGUCAAACUCUAAAGAAGUUUCCUCGCAUCACUUUUCAUUAGAUUCUCGCAAAACUAUUGCUGAGCUACUUACAUCACAUGAGGUUCAUGUUAAAGUAGUCGAUGAUACAGGAACCAUUUCUUUUCUUAUGUUUGACAAGGAGGUCAUUCAACUGAUUCACAAAUCUGCGUAUGAGUUGCUAGAGCAACAAGUUCAGUUCAACCGUGGGACUCAAUUUCCUCCUGAACUCCUAGCUUUAGAUGGUCGCCAGUUUGUCUUCACAGUUUUCAAACCUUCGACAACAAAAAAUUAUAGACCGGCCACUUAUAAAGUUGUUAAAAUCACGGAUGACCCCGCGAAACUUUUGAUGUUCUGUGGUGCCAAUAACAACACGGCUAAUCCUCCUGCUAUUGAUUCUCAAUUCUCAAACUCCACAGAAGUCACUAGCAACAUGAUCGAUGAUGCCUCUUUCGAAGCGUCUAACAACGAGUCGAUGUGUGGUUCCACGGAAAGUCCACUUACUCCAAGCAAAAAGCGAACAUUUACUUCAGCAAUAACGUCAUCUGCAACUGAGGAUGGUGGUGCACAACUUUUAUCAAAGAUACAGAAACCAAAUGUUGUGGUUAUAACUAAAGAAGACGCUGGACAACUCUCAUCAACAAAGCCUAAACUAAGAGCAACAACCGAUGAACUUCAAGCUAGAUGCGACUCACACAGCUUUAACAACGGCAAACACUUCCGUUCAUGCGUCGACCUUCCCGUGUUAGAUUCUUUUCUACACUUCAGUUACGUUCGAGAAACCGGAGUGCUUGAAGUUGCGUAUCGUCACAUCAACGUUGAAUCUUCUAGUUGGAUUGCUUGGGGGAUAAAUCCGACAAGCAAAGGCAUGUCAGGUGCUCAAACUCUCUUGGCUUACCGUAAUUCCACGUCUGGUGUUAUGCGUGUCUAUACUUCCUCAAUCAAAGGGUACUCACCUACGCUUCAAGAAGGUCCUCUCAGCUUCCGUGUAUUGCAACUAUCCGGUGAAUAUGUCAAUGGAGAGAUGACUAUAUUUGCUACUAUAGUGUUGCCUUCUAACAUAACCGUCGUGAAUCAUUUAUGGCAAGACGGUCCCUUGAAGGAAGGUGAUAGACUUGGGAUGCACGCCAUGAGUGGAGAUCAUCUUAAAUCCACGGGUACUUUGGAUUUGCUGUCCGGACAAGUCACGACCACAAAAGCAGCUAACGAUAACAUGUUACUAGUCAAAAAAAUUCAUGGACUAGUGAACGCGGUGUGUUGGGGUAUUUUCAUGCCUAUUGGUGUCAUAGCUGCAAGGUACAUGAGGACCUACAAAGGACUGGAUCCCAUGUGGUUCUACAUACACAUCAUUUUCCAAACCACUGGUUAUUUCGGUGGUUUAUUGGGAGGACUAGGAACUGCAAUCUACAUGGCUAAACACACAGGAAUGAGAUCUACACCACAUACCGUGAUCGGGAUCGUUUUGUUCGCUCUAGGUUUUCUACAGAUACUUGCCCUCAAAGCAAGACCAGACAAGGAACAUAAGUAUAGAAAAUAUUGGAAUUGGUACCAUCACACUACGGGAUAUGUAGUGAUUAUACUAAGCGUCUACAACAUCUACAAAGGCUUAGCCAUCUUGCAACCUGGAAGCUCAUGGAAGAUUGCUUACACUACCAUCAUCGGAGUCAUUGGAAUGUUCGCGAUCGUAAUGGAGAUUAUGCAAUUUAAAAAUAGAUGGGGCAGCUUGUGCUGCAAGGAAUCUGAAGACCUAAAAGCUGAUCAAACUGUUUCUACUAAUGUGUAGUCUUCGUGUGUUCGUUUGUCUUCUCUUUUCUUCUAUCUCCUUAAUGUUCCUUUUCGCUAAAAAUAGUUUGUCAUUCUUUGUUAUGAUGUUCCCAUUUUUUAUUUGUAGAAGAUUUAGUUUUGAAUGAAAGUUCCUUUAUCGA